AUGCGUGUCUUUGACCAGGUCCGCAACAGGCGGACGAACCAGAUCGCUGCCGGUACCGAUCAUGACCAGACUGCCUUCAAGGAUGAGACGAAGGUGUCGCAUGAUGUCGAGGGAUCGGGAUCAGAUAGCGACAACCUCAGUCUGGAGGCCAAGGAAGAGAAGAGGAUUCAAGAAGCGCCCGAUCAAGUCACUUCCGAUGCUCAAGCUGGUAUCCAGAAGGCCGAAGCUGCAGCGCUUGUCUGGAGCAAGACGGCCAUCUUCGGAGUAUACGCAUGGAUCUGGGUAUGCUACUUCAUGCUCGCCUUCCAGUCCUCCAUCCAGAGCUACGUCACCGUCUACGCAUACUCGGCCUUCACCACCGCUCCAGCCAUCACCACCGCAACGAUCCUGUCCAACAUCAUCGGCGGUGUGCUGAAACUACCCAUCGCCAAGCUGAUCAACAUCUGGGGACGUGCCGAAGGCUUUAUGGUCUUCGUUGUCGUCUACCUCAUUGGUCUGAUCAUCUUGACCGCCAGCAAUGGUCCCAACACCUACGCUGCUGGCUACGUUCUAUACUGGAUCGGAUACGAUGCCAUCUACCUGAUCUUGGACAUCUUCAUCGCUGAUACCUUUGGUCUGCGAAACCGAGCUUUGGCAUUUGCCUUUGCUUCGACGCCGUUCAUCUGCACAGCUUUCACUGGCCCUCUGGCGGCAGACUCCUUCCUGUCCAACAAAGUCACUGGAGCUGGAUGGCGAUGGGGUCUUGGAACCUUCGCCAUCGUCAACUUCUUCGUCUUCACACCGCUUGCGAUUGUGUUCAAGAUGUACACGCUCAAGGCGAAGAAGAUGGGACUGUACAAGAGCAACCCAAGCGGUCGCACGACUACGCAGUCCAUCAUCCACUACUUCCACGAGUUUGAUAUCCCCGGCGCCCUCAUCCUUUGCGCUGCCUUCAUCCUCUUCCUCCUCCCAUUCUCCCUCCAAUCCUACGGCCGCAUCAACGGCUACGACUCCGCCGCCUUCGUCGCCAUGGUCGUCAUCGGUCUCCUCCUCUUCCCAACCUUCUACAUCUGGGAGCGCUACUUCGCACGAGUACACUUCAUCCGCUGGGAGCUCUUCCGCAGCCGCACAGUCCUCGGCGCCUGCAUCCUCGCCUCGAUCCUGUACUUCUCCUUCUACGCCUGGGACCUGAACUUCUAUAACUUUGUCAUUGUCGUUUACGCCCUGCCCGUCAGCUUGGCUGGGUACGUCGGCCAGAUCUAUAAUGUUGGAUCUUGCUUCUGGUCUUGUGUGUUUGGUGUGUACAUCAGGUACACCAAGCAUUUCAAGUACGCAGCGCUAUUCUUUGGUCUGCCGUUGAUGAUCUUGGGAUCUGGUUUGAUGAUCAAGUUCCGCGGUGGAGAUGGUGAACUCGGCUACGUUAUCAUGUGCCAAAUCUUCAUCGCCUUCGCAGGCGGCACCCUCGUCAUCUCGGAAGACAUGGCCGUCAUGUCCGCCGCCGACCGUGAAGGUGUCCCUCUCAUGCUCUCCAUGCUCUACCUCUUCAGCAGCAUGGGCGGCGCCAUCGGCCAAGCCGUCGCUACCGCCAUCUACUCCAACACCUUCGUCUCCGCCGCACUCUCGAAGCUACCCGCCAACCGCGCAGCCAAAGCUUCCGAGCUGUAUCUGGGCGGCUACACGCAGCAGAUCAUGUUCCCACCGGGCACUGUUGAGCGCGAGGCGAUCAACUAUGCUUGGGGACGCACGCAGUAUUAUGGAUGUAUUGCGAGUACUUGUAUUCUGGUGCUGGCGAUUCCGGCUAUUGCCGUGUGGAAGAACUAUAGGGUUGAUCGGCAGCAGAACAAGGGUACGAUGCUGUAG